AUGUCGUCGCGCAUGAAUCAGUGGUUCGUCCCAGGUGAAGGCAUCGCUCGCGAAGUCAUCACCGCCGAUAUCCAGCGUUACCUUGGGCCUGAUGCUCUCGUAAGGCCCGGCUCAGGCACUGGCGAAUAUGAGGGUCGCUCAGGAUAUUGGAUAACCGCAUACCGGACUCUCACAUCGCAAAUGAUUCAGGAUUUGCGAUCAGACUCGCAGCGUUGGCAGGCUGAGAAAGACCGCGGACGCGGUGGAGGUACCGCUCACAUUGGUGAUAAAAAGGUGACCAGACACCCUGACGCUUCUGUAGUGGCAUAUCAGGAUUCUACCAUCCAUGCUUCGCGCCAGUAUCAUGGCCCGACCACUUCAGAUACAUAUGCUGCCCCAUCAAAACCGAGCUACUCAAGUCCGUCGUAUGGUGCCAGUGAAUCCCCACACUACACUACUACUCCCACGGCUCCCUAUGGUUCCCAUGCCUACCAGGCCCCAUCGCACGCAGCGCAUCCCGCGCAGCCUCGGACGGAUCCCACUUACUAUGGCCAGCACGCAUCCUAUGGAUCGACGCCCGCGCCUCAAUCGUACUCAUACUCACAGCCUCCGGUCCAGGAUCCCUACGGACGCACUCCGGCACCCCAGUACACGCAUGCUACUCCAAGGUAUUUUGGUUAUUAUGAGCCUCACUUCAUGGAUUAUCACUAA